AUGCCUGGCGGCUUCCCCGUGCAAGUACCGCUUGUGACGGUGGAGGCGGACGAGGACAAUGGCGCGGAAACUGGAGCAUCAGGCUCCUUCCUUCAUGACAGCAAUGAAAAUGUCAUGUUCGAGCGGCAGUCUGGAGCGGAGCAAGAUUCGAUACUAAAUCACGUCAGGAUGAUGCGCACUAGUUCAUCCAGCUCGGCUCGCACAUCACCCACCCAGUUCACUGAAGACGCUAUGUCGGAGAAAGAUGAUUCGGAGUCAAUACAGAUAAUGCUUGGCGCCACCCCUACGAUCACCGAGCCUCGCCAGGAGUGGGGUACGAAAGAUCGCACAAAGGCGGAGACCGAGAUGAGUGUUAACCGAAGACUCGCGCGUGCUUUCGAUACUUCUGACCCACGAAUAUCGUACCUCGAGCAGGCAGAUGAUGUUUACGCUCAGGACGACCAGACACCCGAUGGGACGCCGGCAUUAUCCGGAAAGGAACGCUUCACCCUAGACGGCAAAGCAUACAGCAUGGUCAACCAGAUUCUAGAACAAUAUUACACCUCUAGCUACGUCACACCAGAGAUGGCAUUUGGGUUCCAACAGCAAAUCCAGGCCAUGUCACCAGAGCUGGCGCGGCAUGGAAACUGGGAGUCGAAGCAGGCGACUCAAGUGUAUCUGGAGCAGCUCCUGAGGGCUGCAACCGGCCCAGUGGGAAGCUUUGAAACACCUCAAACCCCUCCAGUGGCGGAUGUCUCCCACCUUGACCCUACCGGCGUGCGUGCGUUGAACGCAUCGCCCGACGACGGGUAUACCGGGACAGCAAUCAUCUUUGGCCAGUCGCGGAAAUACGGCCAAGCGAGCGAUCACCAAACUCCGGAAUUGGAGUACCCACCAACACCACCUCCUAAGGAUCGGAGCUACACAUCUGGUGCGACAGGUUCGCACGAUGAGGCAGCUGAGUCCACCCCGCGCACAUGGGCUGAUAGCCGGUCUCGACUGUCAGAAGUUUCGGACAACGGAACUCGGUUUGGUCUUGCAAUUCAGGUCGCGUCGACGGAACCCUCCCCAACUUUGCCGCCAUUCCCAAGCCAUUCACCACCGCCUCCACCACCCACUGCAAUCGAUGGGUUGCUGUCCCCAAAUAAGCCGAUACGGUCCCCACUAUCCCCAAGUGUCUAUGGCCAACUUCCACCAUCAAGCCUCUUCCCACCAGCGGUCCCUCCAGUCCCAGCGGUUCGUACGAGUGAUGAGUACGAUGGGGAACGUAGCCAGCCGGGGUCCGCUAAUGCGCGCCGCUCCCAAUCCAUAACGCCGUUGUCUCAAGAGCCAUCGCAGAUGUCUGACGCGGAAAAUGACGAUCAAAAGCGCUUGAAGGAACGGAGGCAUCUGGUUAAGGAGCUGCUAGAUACCGAGUUCAGUCACGCGCAAGACAUGAGGAUCGUCGAAGACAUUUACAAGGGCACCUCGACUUCGAUAGACACCAUCACUGAUGAUGACCGGAGAGUCCUGUUCAGCAACUCCAAGGAGAUUGCAGACUUUUCCGAGAAGUUCAUCUCAACACUGAAGCCAGCUGCUGCAAGCAUCUAUACGAUGACGAAGACCGCUAAAUGGAGCGUCAAACGUGGCAGUGUAUCCACCUCGCACAGCGCAACAACCGAUCAGUCCUCUUCCAGCUUCCCAGAUCAGCUAGAUGACGCGCAGGACAGGAAGACGUUGAUUGGUGAGGCCUUCUUGCAGAACCUCACGGCAAUGGAAAAGUGCUACGGCACGUACAUUAAGAGCCAUGAGGCGGCGAAUCAACGCCUUGUCGCACUGCAGCAAAGACCCAAGGUCCCGGUCUGGCUCGCAGAGUGUCGUGCUUACGCGAACGAUCUCACUACAACGUGGGAUCUGGACUCGCUCCUAGUAAAGCCCACGCAGAGGUUGAUGAAAUAUCCUUUGAUAUUAACGGACUUGCUCAAGUGCACGCCAAAGGAUCAUCCCGAUUACAAGAAUCUAGAAACGGCAUUGCGGGAACUUCGAAGCAUCUGCAAUCGUAUCAACGAAACGAAGAAACGAGCGGAGCUCAUCGAUCAGGUCGUCAACCGGAAGCGGAACCAGUCUGACGCUCGCCUACCAUCUGGCCUCGCCAAAGUCAUCGGACGUCGAACUGAACGAUUGAAGCAGCAGGUUGGGCUGACUGAGUCCGUCGAUGAUCAAGACUACGACGCAAUAGCGCAAAAGUUCGGCGGUCAUUUCUUCCAAUUGCAGAUUGUGAUGCGGGACGUUGAGAAGUACAUGGAGGACGUACAGCAAUACGUCGAUCGAUGCAACAGUCUUAUCCUUGCAAUUGAAGGUUUCAUUGACGUCAGACCGGGUACCUCCCCCGAGCUUGAAAGCAAGUGGCGGAGGUAUUCGAUGGCUGUUCGGGAGAUUACUACAAUCGCGCUCCCGGAGCAUAAAGCCGCUCUGACCAGCAAAGUGAUCAAUCCUAUCUUGACGCUUUGGAAGGUUCACGACAACCCUCAGAGGAUGAUGCAGAAGCGGAAGAAGCGCAUAGUCGAUUACGCUCGGUUCAAGGGCAUGAUCGAUCGCGGUGAAAAGCCAGACAAGAAGACACAGGAAGCAGCAGAUCAGUUUCAGGCUCUGAAUGAAACUUUGAAACUAGAGCUGCCGAAACUGUACGCACUGACGAAGAAGUUGAUCGAGGCCUGCCUUGAUCAAUUCAUCGAUGUCCAGAAGCAGUGGCAAGACAUCUGGAGGAGAAAGGUUAACGUGCUCGACGAAACGAUACCGGACCGACCCGCCAGCAACAUGUUCUCUCAAGACAUGUCGGAGGUUGUAGCGAGAUAUUUCAGCGACUUCAGGCCCGUUGAGCAACUCGUGGAAUCUUUUGUGAUCUGCGAUGCAAAUCAGGUCAAAGAACUGUGCAAGAUGUCGUCACCAUCAGCAUCAAUCUUCGCCGACAGCCUGUCCACCAAGCGGCCUUCCACCUUCGCAAGCUCGAAGCGCACGCAAUCUAUUAACAGCGAGCAGUCUGCUAUUAUGGCUUCACCUGACUUUGUCCAGCGAUUCAGCGGCAACUUCCCGAUAUUACCACCCAUGGAUACCAUGACGCCCUUUGGUGAGGCCCAACCCUCUCCUAUGGGGAGGAUGCGCGCGGGCUCCGCCUUAUCUAGCCGUGGACCUUCAACGCCUCGUUCACUCUCCGCUGCCGGCCCGUCAUAUUUCCCCGCUAGGCCUUCCACUGCAACUGGUCGGAUCACGGAGCCUCUACCUUCGCCAUCCUUUCCUCGUCUCAGCCUCGACACGCCUGAAUCCCGUCCGGCUUCUAAUCCAGCCCACAUUUCAAACACACAGGGCGGGUACAACCGAGGAUCUUCGAUCUUCUCGUCGGCAAUGCCGAUGUCGGAUUCCCCUACCACCACUAGGGCCGGUUCCCCAAGUGUGGACAACGGUGAACCAAGAGUCCUGUUCUUGGCAGCUAGUCUCUUCGAGUUCAACAUCGCCCACGAUCGCACGGAGGGUGGUUACCCUUAUCUUCGCUACGUGCCUGGCGAGAUCUUCGACGUCAUAGGCCAGAAGGGUGAGCUUUGGCUUGCCCGAAACCAAGAUGACGCACUCAAAAAAGUGGGCUGGAUCUGGGAAAAGCAUUUUGCCCGGUUUCCGGUAGACGAGCCCUGA